AUGGACAAGGAAUUUCAUCUAGUAGAAGACCUAGAAGAGCCCCUGCUAGAUAAAGAAGAGAACAAGGACGAAGACUUUGAAAGCAAAAGAAUACUUAUCAUGAGCAAAAGAGAGCAGAAAAAGAGAGAUAUCAAUAAGAUUGAUGAAAAUGGACAUAUCAAGGAGACAGACACUGGGGCGACUCCUCUUAGGUAUAUGGAAAUGGAUGAUAGGAAGGCCCUUGCCCAGUAUAAUAUGAAAUCUUCUCUCCUACCAUAUCUCACUUCUCCACAUUCUCCUGUUUAUAAAUUUGCUAAGGUGGUUACUUCUCCAGCUAUCUAUAUUCAGAAAUAAAAUUAGACCUGGAGGUAUCAAAGGAUCGAUUUUCAAUCUCAUAUGUGGGGUUCUUGGAACAGGAAUGCUUACUCUUCCUGUGGUAUGCCUCCAAAAUGGAAUUUUAUUAGGCUCAGCUCUGAUAGUAGCAGGAGUCCUCCUAACCGCAUUCUGCGGAAUGUGAAUCGUAGUAUGCUCCGAAAAGACUCAAACAGAUAGUCUUGAAUUUAUAGCGCAUAUUGCAUUUGGACAUACCAUUGGGAGAAUAACAUCUUACUCCAUGAUAAUGUGCCAACUGGGCUUUGUUACUUCUUACAUCAUUGUCGUAAAAACUUUGAUUCCGUCUAUAAUAAAAAGACUGAUGGAUGGUGCUUUGCCUUCUGUCCUGAGCAAUGAUAAAUUUGUUCAGAUUUCCAUCGCCACUAUCUACAGCUUGCUAUUUUUGUUACCAUUAUCCCUUCCUAGAAAAAUGGGUGCUCUAAGAUUCACCUCGCUCUUCGGGUUUGCAUGCUGUAUUUUCCUUGUCAUUGUAAUCUGCUGAAUAUUUUUCUUCGACAAAGCCGUUGUCCCAGAUCCACUUGAUAAUAUUACUGAAGCAAAUUAUCUUGAUUUCUCAUUCGCUAGUUUGUUCACAAGUUUUCCGUUCAUCAUUUCUUCAUAUAUGUACCAGCCUAUGAUACCUGCAAUUUAUAAAAAUCUAGAGAACCGGAACAUGCAGAGAAUGGAAAAGGUAGUCUAUAUUGGGUCCUUUGGAGCAGUCUUUCUGUACAUCCUCAUUUCUGUCUUUGGUUAUCUCAGCUUUUCCACGAAUCCAGAGCAACUGGAGAUUUUAAGAGUCAAACAAAAUAUAUUGGAGCUAGACUUCAAGCAUAAUGUAUACUUUGAAGCAUCAAUCAUAUGUCUUGUGGUAACUAUCAUGAGUGCUGGACCCUUAUGAAUGUUACCAGUCAAAGACUGUGUUGAGGACCUCAUAUACAAGAAUGAAAUAAUGACAGAUUCACAAAACGUCAUGGUGACAUUACUAUUAACAGGAAUCUGUUAUGCCGCAGCUAUUGUAAUACCGAGCAUCGGAGAUGUCCUGUCAAUCUUAGGAUUGUCCUGAAAUCCCUACGUUGGGUUCUUUCUCCCAAUACUAUGAUACCUCAAGCUAGAGGAUAACAAGCCUAUUUAUAUGAUGCUAGCAGCUAUACUGAUCCUCUUCAUUACUGGCUCUUUCUCAAUACUUGGGAUAUAUGGCUAUGUGACAACAAAAAUAAUGUAGGUUUCAAUUAUGUAAAAAA